UUAAAAAAUCGACGUUAGAGUUCGAACGACAUCAAAAAUGAGAGCACAGAUUUUACGCUCUAAAACGGCCAAUCCGAUGAGUUUUAUGUAUUAUAAAGAAGAAGAAUGGAUUCCUCGGAAUAGGUUUCAUAUAUAUACGUUUUUCAAGCGUUUUUUUUCGUCAUAUUAUGACAUUUUAGGGGUUCCAAAACAUGCAUCUUAUGUGGCAAUUAAACAUAAAUACUAUGAAUUAAGCAAAAAAUUUCACCCAGAUUUGCAUAAAAAUGAUAAAGAAGCAUACAAAAAAUUUUUAAAGAUAAAAGAGGCAUAUGAAGUAUUAAGUAACGGGAUAAAACGAAAGGAACAUGAUGAGAAGAUAAGAAUGAGUACAAAAAUGUACUCUUGUUUGUCAGAAAGCUCAAAAAAAACAAAUUACAAUAGAUUAGAUCAGGAAAUAUACAAAAAUAGAGAAAAUUUUGAAUAUUUUGGUGGUAAAAUAUAUGAAAAUGAUUUUAAAUAUCAGGAAAAAUCACAAGAAAACCUUUAUUCUAACACACGAUUUAACUAUGAAGAAUACUAUGAACCUUAUUAUACAUAUGAAAGACAUAGAAUAAAACGUAUAAGAAAGAAAAACGAAUUCUUUGAUACUCGAAGAAAUCCAUGUUUUACAAAAUUUUUUUGCGUUUCAACAAUUAUCAUGAUUCUUAUUUUAUUAUCAUCAUUUUUACGCUUCAACAUGAAUAAAAAAUCAAGAAAGCAUCAUUCAUUUACAAAACCAUUAUCAUAAUAUCUCAUUUAUUUUAUUCUGGUUUUUUUUUUUUCAAAAGUAUUCA